GGCAGUAGGCUGUAGCCCAUAGAAAGCUUUAUCACCGUCCGAGAAUGGGAGGGCUGAAGGCGGAGAAACAAAUCCUGAAAACGUGGGAAGGUGUGCGUGGGGUGCUUGAAGGUUCCGUGGGUGGUAGUGGUAUUGAUUUUUCAUGACUAUUCAUCAUGAUAACUCCAGCAUUUGAACUGAGUCAAGAUCCAGAUUUUCUUACAAUAACUAUCAAAGUACCUUAUGCACGAGUUUCAGAACUUGAGGUCUAUUUUGAAGGGAAAUUGUUCCGGUUUUAUGCAAAACCUUACUUUCUCAGAUUAACACUUCCUGGAAGAGUUGUGGAAGAUGGAAGAGAGAAAGCAUCAUAUCAUGAUUCAGGGAUAUUUACAAUCCACCUUCCCAAAGAGAUUCCUGGAGAGACGUUUGAUGGCCUAGAUAUGUUGACAGCUCUCUUAGCACCAAAGAAAUCCAGAUCAGCUAAACCUUUAGUGGAAGAGAUGGGUGCUCCAGAUGAGGAGAACAUGGAGGCGGAGGAGGAGGAGGAGGAAGAAUUUGACUGGGAAAUAGAACAGACUCUUCAAGAAGAAAGCACGGAGGGUCCCUUGUGCCCCUCUGGUGCCUAUGGAUUUGGAAAUCAGAAAUCAGAAGUUUUUAGACGUCUUCAGGAUGAACUUAAUGAAGUUGUUGAUAUUAAAAAUCCAGAUAUUACCCCUGUAGCUGAACGCAGAGAAAAACGACUUGCAGCAGAAGCUGCUAAAUUUGAUCCUGAUCAUUACCUGGCCGAUUUCUUUGAAGAUGAAGCUAUUCACCGUCUGUUGAAGUACAAGCCCUGGUGGGUUAACACCUACAAGUUGAUGAUGAACUCUCAAGGAAGCCGUUCUUGGAGUAAGUGCAAUCAAUCUGCACUUGUUUCCUUUACAGAAGAUGAGAAAGAACAGUUAAGAAAAUUCACUAACAGAACAUUCCUGCUUGAUAAAAGAACCAGUCAACAAGUCUAUCUGAGCUUAGCUGAUAUACUUCUAGCAUACUGCUAUGAAGUCUGUGUCACUGAAGGAGAACAUAACGUUGAGUCACCAUGGAACAUACGGAAGUUGAGCUCAACUUUAUGCUGGUUGGAAAGUUUUACUAACAUUUCGGAAGUUCUUGUAUCCUUUGGAAGAAGAGUUCUGUGCUACCCACUUUGCAGACACUUCAGUUUAGUGAUGCGAGCCUUGAAUGACACUGUGAUGAUACUACAGUUAGGUAAAAGUGCCAUUUUGAAGUGUCUGCUAGAUAUUCACAAGAUUUUUCGGGAGAAUGAUCCUGCAUAUAUUCUUAAUGACCUUUACAUCACAGAUUACUGCAUUUGGAUUCAAAAAGCUAAGUCAAAGAAGUUGGUGGCCCUUGCCGAAUGCGUGCAGAAAGCAGAGCUUAGUAAGGGGAAAUUAGGUUUCGAGUUAGAUGAGCUGGAAACAGCCGCACUCCUGGUACAAGAGGAAGAGAACGAGUUAAAAGCUGUUGACGCAGGCAAUACUAAGCAGCAGCUGCUGCCUCCCUCCCGAGAAGCAGUGAGCGAGUCCGAGGACUCAAGCAGCACUUCAUCAUAUCAGACAGGAGACUCUGAUUCGGAUGAACAAGAGUCCUCAGCCAGCGAAGAUGGGGAAAUAAAUCCUUUACAACGCACACUCCAAGGGGAGAGGACAGCCCCACUUACUGACGAUAAUGGAUUAAGGCAAGACCCAGGCGCUUUGACAUUGGAGGGUAGUAAUGAAAAAUCAAAGGCUUCUCUACGGUCUACAUCUGUUUCUGGAAAACUGAUAGAGGAAUUAGAAAAGCAAAUGCAGACGGCAGUAAGGCUGACGGAGCAGCCGAAAGCUCCAUCUUCUUUAAGAGGUGAUGGCCAGGACCGCAGCAGCACUUCGCAAGAGGUGGAAGCCGGCUGCGCAGCUCAGCCUCGAGGACUUUCUUUCACCGGACCAUAAUUAAAAGGAACAUUUCUUGGAGGUGACUCUGAAGUUUGGGGGGAUUGCAGUUGAAGCUUCUCAGACAAUAAUUAGGGAGAAUUAGUUAAUAUAUGGAAGCAAAAUAAGUAUUUUUUAAAUGUGAGUGUCCCUCAUCAAAACCCUUCAUGAGAGAUGGGGACAAAAUCGUACUAAAUAUAGAAUAGUAAUCCAGCCUAAUUAAGUUCUGAUGCCUAGCCAUAAGAAUUUUCUGUAAGAUCUUCUGUAAUCUUACAUUACAUUAGUUUAAUUGCCUUAGAAAAAUAUAAUCAGAGAUGGAAGAAGGUUUCUAAAAAGAAGUAUGUUUACAUAACUUUGUAUUUUAAAAUUAAUUUGGUUAGCAGCUUUUGAAAUAUUAUUCAGUAUUAAUAUCUUGUUUAUUUGCUUUUAAAUAUUUUGUGGUGCCUGUGCCUGAGUAGAACAAGCAGAAAACCUUGUAGAUUCCAAGUACUUGCAAGGAAUAGCUCUGACUUUCAAGCAGAUUUGUACAUGUAGCAUAUUCAUUACCCGUGCAGACUGAUGGUACCAAUAUUUCCCAGUACUGAAUUCUGUGGAAUUUACUGGGACUUAACUGGUAGGCAGUGAUAGAGAAGGAAUUGGUUAGUUAAUACGUCACUAUGAACCUUCCUAAUUUUUCAAUUCUUUAAACAAUACACAAAAUUGGAAUCCUGCUGUCCCUCAAUAUUUAUCUUUAUGCAAGUUAUGCAAUGCAAUUUUCCUAUCAAAAAUUUGAAUAUAAAUGCAUAAAUUAGGUUGGGGUGCUUGUGUCUGUGUGCUUAGAUAUAUCAUAAUGUCUGUAUGAUAUAUAUUGGAAAACGUCAUUGUGAUCAUGGACCGGCACAGAGGAAAUCAAUAUGUGAAUAUCCAAAGCUGAAUCAACAAUAUCAGAAGAGUUAGAAGAAAUACAUAUAAAGAAUUUUGACUAAAAAAAGUAUUUAAACCAGCUAACAUACUUGUUUUAGCUACACAUGUGUGACAAAAGAGAAAAGAGAUUGGUAUAUAUUCACUUCAGACAUAUAGUCAAAUUCCACAUUACAUUGUAUC